AUGGUCGACUUUGAAAGGCCUUUCAUGGAUGCUAUCAAAGAAACAUAUCCAGGAAUUAAAAUUUCUGGGUGUCAUUUUCAUUUCACACAAUGCGUGUGGCGUCAUAUUCAACUAUGUGGCCUUCAAGCACGAUACAAUAAAGAUGUAACGUUUGCUCUAAAUCUUAAGUUAUUAAUGGCAUUAGCGUAUGUUCCAGUUAAUGAUGUUAUAAGUGCCUAUGAAAUUAAACGUGAUAAACCAUUAUUUGAGCCUAAAUUGUGGAAUUAUUAUCGUGCCGUAGUUGAUGAUAGAAUUACAUCUAACAAUCUAAUGGAAGGCUGGCAUAAUAGUUUUAACCAACGAGUAUCUGUUUCCCAUGCUACAGUGAAUAAAUUUUUAGAUGCAAUAAAAGAUGAGCAGACUAAAACUGAAAUGCUAAUGGCUCAAAUUGAUACAGGGUUCAAUUUUGAAA